UUCCCGGAAGCUGACGGUCAUCUGAUUUUUUUUUUUCUUGUUCCUUGUUAGCAAGCGUCAGUGCUAGCUAACAAAACAUCGAUUCCACUUUCUUUUCGGUCUUCUAUUUCCUCUCUGCAUCCAUUAUUAGGAGUUAAAGGAACUUCUCGUCUACCUCCCAAGUCAUGGACGAGACGAGUCCGCUUGUCUCUCCGCUCCGGGACUCGGGUGAUUUCACCUACUGCCCCACGGAGCCCACCAGCCCCCGGGGCGCGUUUGGAAGCACGCCGGGCUCCGUGGUGCGCAUCACGGCCGGCAGUCCGGGGCGCAAUCGAGAGAGACAGCCGCUUCUGGAUCGAGACCGUGGAAACACGCCACGGGAGGCGCACAGGAAUGAAUUCCCAGAAGAUCCCGAGUUCAGGGAGAUCAUCCGAAAGGCCGAACGAGCUAUAGAGGAGGGGAUCUACCCCGAGAGGAUCUAUCAGGGUUCCAGUGGGAGCUAUUUUGUCAAAGAUUCACAGGGGAAGAUAAUUGGUGUGUUCAAACCUAAAAAUGAAGAGCCCUAUGGGCAGCUGAAUCCCAAGUGGACCAAGUGGCUCCAGAAACUGUGUUGUCCGUGCUGUUUUGGCCGUGACUGUUUGGUCCUGAACCAGGGCUACCUCUCAGAAGCUGGGGCCAGUCUGGUUGAUCAGAAACUGGAGCUCAAUAUUGUUCCCAGGACCAAGGUGGUGUAUUUGGCAAGUGAAACAUUCAACUAUAGUGCCAUAGACAGGGUCAAGUCUCGAGGAAAAAGGCUAGCUUUGGAGAAGGUGCCUAAAGUGGGCCAGCGCUUUCACAGGAUUGGACUGCCACCCAAGGUCGGUUCUUUUCAGCUCUUUGUUGAGGGAUACAAGGAUGCAGAUUUCUGGCUGCGAAGGUUUGAAGCAGAGCCUUUGCCCGAAAACACCAACCGGCAGCUCCAGCUGCAGUUUGAGCGGCUCGUAGUCCUCGAUUAUAUUAUCAGGAAUACAGACCGGGGAAAUGACAACUGGUUGCUGAAGUACGACUGUCCCAUGGACACUGUUGGAAACCGGGACACAGACUGGGUGGUAGUAAAGGAUCCUAUCAUCAAGUUGGCAGCCAUAGACAACGGCCUAGCAUUCCCCCUGAAACACCCUGACUCCUGGAGAGCUUACCCCUUUUACUGGGCGUGGCUUCCCCAGGCCAAAGUUCCUUUCUCUCAGGAAAUCAGAGAGAUAGUGCUUCCUAAACUCAGUGACCCAAAUUUCAUCAAAGACCUAGAAGAGGACCUCUAUGAACUCUUUAAGAAAGAUCCUGGUUUUGACAGAGGACAGUUUCACAGACAAGUAGCUGUUAUGAGGGGACAGAUCUUGAACCUGUGCCAAGCCCUGAAAGAUGGUAAAACACCCCUCCAGUUGGUCCAGAUGCCUCCAGUAAUUGUUGAAACAGCCAGAGCUCCUCAGAGAGCAAACAGUGAGUCUUACACGCAGAGUUUCCAGAGCAGGAGACCCUUCUUCACCUGGUGGUAGAAAAGAAGCAGAAGAAGAGAAACAACAAGGAGCUGGAGCGAGAAAAGCAAUUGAGAACAUUAGUGUUUGGAUGAAGGACACUACAGAACCUGAGGGCACAGGUUUUAAUUUUUUUUUUUUUUCCUUGAAAUGGAAUUAGUCCUCACAUCUCCCAUCCUUUCCUUAUGGAUAAUUCAGUAGCAGAGUGUGAGUUGGUGAAUGUUAAGAAGCGGCCAAAAGAGGAAGAAUUUCAUAACGUAUCUUCCCUGUUUUACUUAUGUGCCUUUUGUGGAGGUCAGCUUAAAAACUGAUGAUGUGAUGAAGAUUUUGUACCUUCUUGUGAAAGAUUUCAGUGAGGUGACUGUUCUGUUGGAAUCCUGGGUGCACACAAUGUUUGUUCAC